AGCUGGAUUUGCUGAAGCCUUAGGUCACAAGCUCUGAACUUUCACCCAGAUGUGCCUUUGGUUGGAAUACAGCUCAUUUCCUCAGUGAUUUUUCUGGUAGCUGGUGCAGGCUGUGUCUUGGAUGCAGUAUGAGAGUAAUGCUGGGAACACACUCGUGUUUGGGUUGUUGCUAAGUAGUGCUUACCCUAAAUCAGGGACAUUUGGAUUUCCCAUGCUCUACCAGCACAGAGCAGGAGACAAGAAGGCUCCAGCCAUCAGCAAAGCUGCAAACCCACAGGAUAAGAGAAGUCAAUAUCUGUGUGGACACAGGGAGGGAAUCCAAGAAGGUGUUAGGAGACUCCAGACCAAAAAUCCCCAUUGGACCAAGAGGUGUGUGAAGAGCACGUGCAGAGACUGUAAGGGCAGGAAAUCCAGGGAUCUCUUUGCUCCAGUCCCUGUUUGAAGGCACCAGAUCAAGUUGUUUCUAUUGCUGGAGCACUCGAAUAUUAUUUUUUUUCCCCCCUGGAAUGGGCUCUCUGAGACUCUGCUGCAGGGAGAAGAAAUUUCUUUAACAGUUUGGUGACCCCAAACCACCACCACUGGAUCUGCAAACAUCCAUUGCCAGCAGUGUGUGAGUUCCCAUGGGACCUUUGGAAUGGGAAGCACUGAAGGGGCUUUAUGAGCCUUUUACUUGUGCAAACAGGCAGCACGGGGGAUGAGAAGAGAGUCCUGAGCAGCCAUGGAGGGGUUACAGCUGCGGAAGGCUCCCAGCAGCCGGAGCUUCCUCAAACUCCCUGCCAUGGAGGUGAAGUGGAUCCAUGUGUUGGUUGUCUUCCUCUUCCUGCUGUCUGUGGCAAUGACAGGCUGCUUCCUGUGGCAGUACAGCCUCCCCAAGGUGGAGCCCGGCCCUUCUGUGAUGGAAGUGAGGUCAGAAGCUGUGCAGAUGUGCCCCCGCUACCCUGAGCCGGUGCCGCUGGACCACCCCAUCCCCAUCCUGAAGGAUGCCUUGGAGAAGGUGGAUUUGAUGCUCAGGCAGAAGAUGCACAGCUCAGGGCUGCCAGCCAUGUCUGCCAUCGUCAUCUACAACGACACAGUGCUCUGGACAGGAAACUUUGGGAAGAAGAACAUCUCCGACCCCUCCUCGGCUGUGCCCAACGAAUACACCAUUUACAGAAUCGCCAGCGUCUCCAAGAUCUUCCCCACCAUUAUGCUGUACAAGAUGUGGGAGGAAGGCAAGGUCACGUCUCUGGAUGACCCCUUGGAGCGUUACGCCCAGAGCUUUGUUAUCAAGAACCCCCUGGGAAGGCUGAAGGACUCAGAGCAGAGAUACACAGCAGAUGGGCUGGUGUUUCUGGAGAAGGGCUCGGUGCCACCGAAGCCCUCGCCCGUCACCCUGCGCAGGAUGGCCAGUCAGCUCUCAGGUCUGCCCAGGAGGCUGAGAUCCACCAGCCUGCUGUGGAAGGGCACCACACAGGACGCCCUGGCUCUCCUGAAGGAUGAUGUGCUGGUGGCUGAUCCAGGAACCAGGUGCCACUACAGCAACCUGGCCUUCUCCCUGCUGGCCCACGUGCUGGCCGAGCACGGGGCCAACGGGCAGUACCAGCGCUGGAUCUCGGAGCACAUCCUGGACCGCCUGGGCAUGGAGGACACGGGGUUCGACCUCACGCCGCCCAUCCGCUCCCAGAUGGCCGUGGGCUUCUACGGCAGCCGCCAGCCCGCCCCGCUCUACGACCUGGGCUGGUACAGACCCUCUGGGCAGAUGUACUCCACGGCUGCCGACCUGGCCAAGCUGGCCAUGGUCUUCUUGGGCACCUACCACCGCCGGCUCCUGGAGCCUGACACGGUGAAGACCAUGCUGACCCCGCUGCUCAAGUGCUCCAGCGACUACUUUGCCAACAAGACCGGCACACCCUGGGAGAUCAACGAGCAGCUGGGCUACGAUGUCAUCAGGAAGGAUGGGGACCUCGAUGGCUACUCAGCCACCUUCUCUCUAAUCCCCAAGCUCCACCUGAGCUUCAUCGUGCUCAUGUCAGGGCCCAGGCCUCAGGGUGGGGAUGUUGUGACUCAGACUUAUGAGUAUCUCAUUCCGGCCAUGGAGACGGCUUUCAGGGAGGCAGAGAAGAGCGUGGUCCCCCCUCCAAACCCCAUCCCUUAUGUUGGCUACUACACCUACUCCAACCUGACUUUCUAUGAGAUCAAAGUUGGCAUUGGUGGGGUGCUGAUCAUGCAGCAGUUUGGGCCUCACGUAGAAGAGCUAAUCCCUGAGAAGUAUCGGACAAUCAAGCUCCACCACCUGGAGGAUCGUGUAUUCCAAGUUGUUUUUGACAAGGAGUUCCCGUGUGUCCUGCACCUGGGCUCUGCCUCCAUCUCCCUGGAGACCCAAAAUGGGCAGCUCUUUAACUUUUACCCCUUUGACCGCAAGGGUUUGUCUCCUGGCUUUGACGCCCCGGGGUUGAACACCUACAAUGUGGUGCGUGUGCUCCGCAAGCCCGUGUUCUACAGCUAAACACCCCCUGCUCCCCUCACCUCCUCUGGGAGGUGGCUUCAAAUCUGUGUCUUACCAGACUCUGCUCGGCUCCAUGGAAGCCACUUAAAAGGGAAAGGUGGUGGCAAAUGACUCUUUUGCCAAACAAAUACUUCUAAAAUGACUUCCCGCUUCUGACAUGGGUUUAAUGGCUGGCAACCCCCCAAAAUGCACAACAGGCCAGCUGGAGAUGCCUGCAGAACAUAAAAAAGAGGUGGGAAUGUGCUGAGGGGAUUGUGUUUGGAUGCCAUAAAAACAAAGCUGAGCACUGAAGUGUCCAGGCUUUCGUUGUCUGUUUGAUGACCAUUGUAGUUAUCAACUGGUACCAUCAAAGGCUGAAAAUGCCCUGUGUCUCUCAGAAAAUAUCUCUUCUUCAGUCCAGGGGUUUUUCCACAGCUUUUCAGGAGCCCAUCUACCACGAGCAAGAUCCCUUACCUGGG